AUGGUGAAACAAUUCGGAAAUGUCAACCUGAUCGCUGCCAUCGCUGUCAUUGGUGGUGGUCUGUUCGGUUUUGACAUCUCGUCGAUGAGUGCCAUCAUCGCUACUCAAGUACGUGUGAAGAUCUUUGCACUCGAAAUAGGUACUCACACGCUGCUANNGCCAUACAAAUGUUACUUCAACCAGCAAGGACUCAACGAUGCUGGCGAAUGCAUUGGACCCAAGGCCGACGUCCAAGGUGGAAUCACUGCUUCCAUGGCUGGUGGCUCAUGGCUCGCUGCUCUUUGCUCCGGCUACCUCUCUGAUCGUCUCGGUCGUAAGNNUAGCAAGGUCGCUAUUCAAGUCGGAGCCGUGAUUUGGGUCAUCGGUUGCAUCAUCGUCUGCGCUUCCCAGAACAUCGCUAUGCUUAUCGUUGGUCGUAUAAUCAACGGCUUCUGUGUUGGCAUCUGUUCCGCCCAAGUUCCUGUCUACAUUUCUGAAAUUGCUCCCCCAAGCAAAAGAGGAAAGCUCGUUGGAGCCCAGCAAUGGGCCAUUACCUGGGGAAUCAUGAUCAUGUUCUACAUCAGUUAUGGAUGUUCUUUCAUCAACGGCACUGGUGCCUUCCGUGCUCCUUGGGCUCUACAGAUGAUCCCCGCCAUCUUGCUCUUCUUCGGCAUGAUCUUCCUCCCUGAGUCUCCCCGUUGGUUGGCAUCCAAGGAUAGAUGGGAGGAGACUCGCGCAGUCCUUGCUCUCACUCACGGUCACGGCGAUCCCGAAAGUCCCUUCGUUAUCCGCGAAUUCGACGAAAUCAGAGAAUGGAUCAGAAUCGAGUCUGAAGCUAAGAACGCCUCCUACCUUGAGCUCAUCCGUCCUCGUAUGCUCAACAGAACCAUCAUCGGCAUAUUCAUGCAAAUCUGGUCCCAGUUGACUGGCAUGAAUGUCAUGAAUGACGCUGAUUUCCCUGUUNNGAUGUACUACAUCACUUAUGUAUUCCAAAUGGCAGGCUUGUCAGGAAACAACCUUCUCGUCUCCUCAUCCAUCCAAUAUGUCAUCAACGUCGUUAUGACUGUUCCCGGAUUACUUUUGGUCGACCGCGUGGGCCGCCGCCCUCUACUUCUGAUCGGAGCUGCUUUCAUGGCCUUGUGGCUGUUCGCAAAUGCCGGAAUCCUUGGUGCAUAUGGAACUUACCCUGGUCCUAAGGGCGUUGGAGGCAACACACCUGAGGCUUCAACCGAAGUCACAGGCGCAGCUUCCAAGGCUGUCAUUGCUUGUUCAUACCUCUUCGUUGCAUCAUACGCACCUACCUGGGGUCCUAUCUUCCCCAACCGCAUUCGUGGAAAGGCCACAGCUCUUGCCACCUCUUCAAACUGGGCUUUCAACUUCGCCUUGGGAUACUUCGUUCCUCCUGCUUUCAUCAACAUCAGAUGGCACACUUACAUUGUUUUCGGUGUCUUCUGCGUUGCCAUGUGGAUCCACGUAUUCCUUUGCUUUCCAGAGACCAGUGGCAAAAGUCUUGAGGAGGUCACUGCUAUGUUCGAAGACCCUAACGGCAUCCGCUACAUCGGCACUCCUGCCUGGAAGACCCGUGCAUCGACCUCGGCCACAUCCCGUCUUGAGAGAGGGGAAGGUCUUGAGAAGAAGCUUAGCGAGGAGGAGAAGCCUGAAACACACGAGGUUGCUCCCAAGGAGACCGUCUAA